AGAAAGGUGCGCAUGUUGAAAUGGACGGCGCACCUUUCUAACAGGCUUUCUAAAAAAAUAAAAAUAAAAAUAAAAAUUAUAUGCUCUAGUCAUAUUUUACAAACGAGCGACGCAGACACCCCUGCAGCAAAGAGCAGUUUGGCCAGAGGAUCGUAGCACAAUGCGCGGUGGUUUUUGCAUUUUUCCACAUCUGUGCGCUUUCUUCCUCCGCUGAUCAAACGUCGUCACAUGCAGCUGAUAAGCAAUUUAACGCCACAUAUGAAAUGUCUCUGGAUGAAUGCCGCAGCGAUAACCAACAGGAUCUGGAGCAACACUGGGAAACAGCAUGCCGGGACCAGAGGACUUGUUUAUAACCCUUACAAAUCAUAUUUCCUAGAUUCUGGCAGUUAACAUAAUACAUUUUUAAAAAGGGCUCGGUCAUGGAUCCGGACAGCAGCUUGUCUCGUCAGAUCCAAAGUGUGGAGAGGAGCAUGGUGUUCCUCAGGCAGGAGCAUCUCACCUUGCUCCACGGCCUCCACCUGGAGAUCCUCUCCCUGCAGAAACGAUGCUCAGAGCUUACAAGCGAGCUGAAGGUGAAGCCUCCAGGCAGAAGCCAAAUAGAGUUGCAGGAAGAAGAGGAGCUCCUGGAGGCCCGCUGUAGGGAGGUGGAAACCCGUCUGGCCGAGCAGCAGUGCACCUUGGGAGAGCUGCGUAAGGAGUUGAGUCACAAGGGGGCUCUGGUGGGAGCUCUCAGAGCCAAUCUCAAGGACAAGGAACGUCAUUUUCUGGAGGAGCUCAAACGCCGCAGCCACCGCUCCACCAUCCUUAACACGGAGCUGCAGAAGCAAACGGAGGCAGCAGCGUACCUCUCCUUCCAACUCCACGCUGCCCGGCAGAAACUGCACCACCAGCGAAUGCAGCAGAGGCAGGUUCUCCUUGCCAGAGCCAACAAUCAGGGGGCCCAGUAUGGUGCUGAGCAGAACUCCAUUUCUCAGGAGAUGCCCACAGGACCCUCUGCUGCCUCCCCUGUGGUCAAACCCAAGCGUAAGAGUGCCAGGUCCUCCUCAGGGCAGCUGAGAGUGGAACGUGCCAGGGAAUGUGUGCCCAUAGAGAAAGUGACGGGUCCUGCAGAACCCACAGCCAUGCCGGACCCUGCACUUUUCCUACACCCCCGUAGGCACAGAGCCCGCUCCAGGCACUCUCCAGCCCAAAGACAGCCUCCACUGGGCCUGGAACGGGAAGAUGAGGAGAAGGGAGGCGGGGAAGGUCCAAUGGAGCCCCAAGAUGAAGCAGCCAGACUCGUGUCCACAGCCACAGCACCCCCUGCUGCUGAAACCAAGGCAGAUUAGCAACUAGUGAGACCAAUGCUUUUAACUGCUUUAUGAUCACUGUCAUCAUUAUCUUAUGUCGAACUUUUAAUCAUUGUCCUGCACCUUGACUGAACUGUUGCUGAGACUGGUUUUACCUAUGGGGUCAUAUACUUACCGUGGACACUUUUCUAAUACAAAUGGACUUUGAUGUGAUCUGAGAUAAAGUGCAAAGCAAACUCUAAUAGACAUCACUUUAAGUCACUUUUAAGUGAAAUUAGGUAAUUAUCUGUUUACACUGGUAUCACUCGCUAAAUAUACUACGGGGCCUUAUUUGAGUGCAACCCUUUGUUGCUUGGUGGUGAGUUUGACCUUAGAAGUAGCCAUUUUAGGUGGACUAACAGCCCUGCUGUGUGGCCCAAACAACUGUGUCGUUUCAAGGCCAACCAUAAAUCAACACUUGUGGUCAAACAUUUGUCUGGCCUCUCACUGAGUCACAGUUGAAAAUCUCUGCAAUGUUACGCACCUCUGUGUGUGUCCUUGAUUUGAAACCUACUGAUUGGUCAGAUGUACAUUGCCCUCACUGUGAAAGAACUGAAUGACAGCAGAUUAGAAACCACACCAACUCACAAAUACUUGUUUGUUUGCCAUUGUCCUAAUUUUGAAUGUUUGACCACUAUAUAUCAUUAAGUUAUACCGUUGUGAUAUCUGUAAUUACACUGUAACAAAUGUUUUUGUAAUCAUAGUGUGAUUACCUAGCAAUUAAUUAUAUGUGGUUAAUAUAUCUGUUGUUACUACAAUGAGGGGAAGUGAGAUCUGUGUUUUACCCUAUUUCCAAUGGUUGACCUUUCAAUAAUGCCUGUCCUAAGUGAAUGAAAGGUCAAACAACAGCAGAGUUGGCCAUGUACCAGUUUUGCUUUUUGGGCUUAGCAACAUGUGCAUGUUUUAUGAGUAGAGACAUGUUGAAGCACAAAUGGGCUGCUAUUCCUCUGUAGUGACUGCUUUGUAUAAACAGGCCACAUUCAGGUGAUAAUCCAUUCAAACUUGUUGGACCAUGCGUUUCACUCAGGUGUGGUUUGUGUACUAUACACACAGAAGACAACUUCUUCAACUCAUUUGUAUCUGAGGCUGUGUUGGGGUUUCUUUUCACCUCAGGAAAAAAUGGACAAUGAGGCAAAUAACUGUAGGUUCUUGUUUGCCAUGACUGUUGGUGUGUUUUGAGUCAAAGCAUGGUCUGUUAUUGAAGAUAGGGAUGGUCUCACUAUUUCUUGUGUUCCUUUUCCAAUAUCACACCAAUCCCCAGUGCAACUCACUUAAAAUUUAACUCAUGAAAUCAUGUUCGCUAAGUAGACAUGCUGUGCAGGAAGCCAUCUCUGUGUGUGUAUGUGUACGUGCGUCUUGAGCACUUGACACAGAGCUGUUUCCUGCGUUAUGCAAACUAUGCAGUUGCACAGGGCCCCUCAAGCACUAGGGGGGCCCUACACGCCAUCCUGUGUUGAUCUAAAGGCAUAUACAUGUUAAACAAACGGUGGUUAAUGAAGACAAAUGCAUUUACUGCAGAUGACUACAAAAAAAUAACACCUGAUUUUUCUGUGUUACUGAUUAUUAAGACAGAAUCAUGGGGCAGCAAGAUCCAGGCCAGCAAUUUCAAACUGUGGGAAAUAUCAUAAUGCACAUCUGGAAUACAGUAAGUUGUAAGGAGUUCCACCCUACCCCACUCCCCUACCUGCAUGGGGCCCUCAAAAAGCUAAAAAUGGCUCUGACUUGACACCCCCACCCCCUCUGUUUCCAGAGGCACGUGCACAUGGCGGCCCCUAGUGGUUUGAUGAGCAAAUAGCAUCUUGAAAAGGAAACAUAAAGAAACUGUACAUCAAAUGUACACUUCCAUUCACUUGCCUUUUAUGUCUGUAAUCCAUAGGACAUUUAUAUUGAUAAUAUACAUCAUUUUAUGAAUUCACUGUCCCUUCCUCUGUAAUUAUAGCCUUACAAUACAGGAGUGAGAGAAGGGUGCAUCAAAAAUUAAGUGUCUGCACGAGGAAACAGAGUACUAUGUGUGGAGACAUAAGAUGUUGUUUUUAUUCAAUAUUUUCUUCUUUUGGUUCAGAAACACUUGUGUAAGAAUUUGGGGUAUUUGCUUAUAAAUUUUUACUUUAUGUAACAUGGCACUUGAAAUAUUUCUGAUUGUCUCUUGUGAGACAUGCUGUGCAAAACCAUUCAAAAAUGUGUCAGAGUCUGUCCAUAAUUGAGCCAGUAUUUAAAUACACAUGUUAAAUGUUAUUGUCAAUAAUUACAGUCCGUGUCAAUGAAAUGAGCCUACCUAUAUUAAGAUUACACUGAACUAUGAUUAGUUGCCGGGAGGGGCCAUUACCUUUAAUAGCUGAUGAUUAGAAUUUUAGCAUUAUUUUUAGCAGUAUACCUUCAGUAAAACAAUAUAACCUUAUAUCAAUAUAUUUACAUAUUACUAAUAAGUGAAUUGUCAACAGCCACAAGGAGGGAACUUAAGGUAUUAGAAUAGAUUUCAUGAUUGUUUAACUUAAUAUUUUGAUUGUUUUGCUCAGUAUCUUUAUUAACUGUCAAAUGGAUUGUUUCACUGAAAUACAUGUUGGUUCUGUUUAUUGUGACAGAAUCUUUACGUAAUUAUCUGUUGUGUUAUAACUUUAUACGAGGCAUAUUCAUGUGGUGAAGAAUAGAGGACAUGCUGCAUGUAGAGCAGCAUCAACCAUGUUGGCAACUGGGUUGUCUUAUGCAGAAGGAGACUGUCUGGGUGAAAGUGAAGCUGUCUUUUACCGAGGAAAAUGCAAAUGUGAAGAGGUUCGCCUCUUAGCUGGCAAGCCAUUAGCGUGACUGUAUGCACUAGUUCUCCUCAAGCUUUUUGAGACAAUAAUCCUAAGACUUCAAAGCGGUCUUGUUAGAACAAUAAGUUCCCUUUCCAAGAGGAAGCCUGCAUUUAGACUGUUAAGCUUCAUGAUCCAGUGCAGCACUACAUAUCUCAUCCAAACCCAGUGGCAGGUAGAUGAACCUCUCUAUAGCCAUCUACCGUAUACUACAACCUGCCUAACAAACCACAGCAAUAUCUCACUUUUUAGAUGAUCUCUACUUUGGCAUGAUGUAACAUCUUGGACAAAUAAUAAA